AUUAAAUAAUUAAAUUAAAAUUAAAUAUCAAAUAAGUGCGGAAAGUUCAUCAAUUUAAUUUUGGAUUUACUGCUCAGCUGCAAAACCAAAAAUGUCGAAAAUCUAUUUAAUUCCAGUGUCUGUGUUCCUCAUUUUUCAAGUUACUUUUCUGGCUACAUACAUUGCAGCCGUCUUACAGGGCCAUGUUGUGCCCACAAUUCCCUAUAUUAGUGAUGCUGCCACCUAUUCGCCGGAGAGCUGUGUAUUUGGACAAAUGAUGGAUAUAGGCAGUGCUCUGUUGGGCAUUACAAUAUACAUACGCUAUCGCCAGAUCUUACAACUAUUUGAGCAUCAUCCAGACUUGGGCACAAAUAUGUUACGCUAUAAUCGUAUCGCUGUGUGGUUUGGUGUAGUCUCUUGUCUGGGCAUAAGUAUAGUGGGCAAUUUCCAGGAGACCAAUGUGCGUGUGGUGCAUUAUAUAGGGGCAUUUUUCUGUUUUGGCUUUGGCACCCUUUACUUUUGGAUGCAGGCCUUAAUCUCGUAUAUGGUAUAUCCCAUAGCGGGCACUAAGCGCAAUGCCCAUAUACGUUUGGGCAUGUCGGUAUGCUGUACCAUUUUAUUCAUAAUGCUGGCUGUGACAGGCUUAUUGUCACAUAUAUACUUUAAAGGCCAAAAUCCAAGAAAGUGGUAUCCCUCCGAUGGAGGCUGGUAUUUCCAUGUUAUAAGUUCCGUUUCGGAAUGGGUGGUUGCUACUGUUUUUAGCUUUUACAUACUUACAUUCACGGAUGAAUUCCGUGAUAUCGACUUAGAACAUCCUCCCUUGCGUUUAAUUUCCUAUUCGCUGACUUUGCAAUAAUUUAAAAUUAUUCCCAACUGCUGUUUUAUUUUAUCUUGUUUUUAUACGUUUUUUCUUUUUUUAUAUAUAUUUUUCUUUAAUAUAUUCCCUCUUAUAGUUUAAGUUUAUAACUCGGCAUUUUUAUAGAUUUAAGGGCUUCCCGAAAUUUGAUAUAUAGACAACUUAAAGCUUUUGCGAGAGUAAAAGAAAAUACUUAACCAAAAAAAAAACGAAAGGUGCUCAGCGGAGAGUUCAAUAGUGUAUGUAUUUGAAUUGUGUUUUUUUACUCAACUUUCCAUUUCAUUAAGUUGUUAAACAUUUGUAUUUUAUUUUUUUUUUUUAUUUUUAGUUAUAUAAGUUUAAGUUAUUGCAAUUUGUAUAAUACCCCAUCUUUGAUUUGAAUAAAAAUAACAA